AUGGGGCCGAUGUUAGCAGCUGUGCUGCAGGGCUCAUUACUGGCGGCCAUCUCCAAUAUUCUCGGGCAGUAUCUCGACGCAAGAAUUGCGAAUCAUGCAUUCAAGCUCAAUGUCGUCGAUGUUCUUCGUUUCUUCUGCCUGCAUAUUUGCACCGCUCCACCCAACUACCGGUGGCAAGAGUUCCUUGAUAGACACUUUCCCGCCCGAACGGAGUACCUGGAGCCCACCACCUUACCGCUACACGACAUUCAUCUGAAACGGCCGGAGACCGAAGACCACGAUCAACGUACUGCUGGAUCGAAAUGGUGGCCAGCACGACUCAACCGCAAUCGGCGUACCAUCGGCAAGCUGAACCUCAAGAACACGAUGAUUAAGUGGUUUCUCGACAGCAUCACUCUGGGCGCGUUGGCUAACACCUGUGCUUUUCUCGUUAUCUUUGGGAUCUUCAGAGGACAGUCCUGGUCGAAGAUCAAACUCAAUCUGCUGACGGAAACCUUUCCAAUAAUUUUUGCUGGUUACAAAGUCUGGCCGAUAGCGAAUUUCAUCAGCUUCGCUCUGGUGCCGGUGCAUCGCCGAAUCCUGUUCUUUAGCUGUAUAGGCCUGAUGUGGAAUAUCUACAUGCGAGUUUUCACCUUCUGUUCUAGGGUCUUGGAGAACCUUGUGGCUAACCAGCUUCAGGACUCUUAUCGCAGCGCGACUAUGAAAGGAUACUCGAGGAGGUCAUCCUCGGAACUUAACACUGUUGCUCGCAACAUCAAGAAAGCCACCAUGCAAUUGGCAAUAAUCGUUCUGGCUGGGCAAAGCAGCAAGCUUCAGCUGGAAGCUCGCGCAAAGCAAGCGCAAAGAGCUCGAAGCAACCCAAGACUACGCUAA